ACGGUGUUUCUCCUGAAGAACGAACUCAACGUGGAACGAAGAUCCUUGUCUUUGCGAUGGGCGGAGGAAGCCUCGAAGUUGCCCUUGUUACGAUCUGCGCGGGCUGCUCACCGUCGACUCAGCGGAAGGCAAUCCAAGUCUUGGCGGGAUGGACUUCGACCAGAAGAUAAUGGAACUGGUACUCGAUGGCGUGCAGGUGCCAUGUCGUGCAACACACGCUGUGAAUGGCAGCAACUUGUGGGGACGGAAGACAGCCAGCGAAAAAGCAAAGAAGGAUCUAACUUUGCUAAGAGACGCGAAUGUUAAGGUCGGGAGUUUUCGCGCCGAUGAUGAUUGCGAGGUGACCAUCCGCCGCAUUGAUUUUGAUGAAAAGUGUAAGAGUUUGCUGGCGCAGUGCAUGAAAUGCGUCCAAGGAGUCUUAGAGGGAACCGGCACUCGGAUUUCCGAUGUGAAGGAAGUUGUGUUGGUGGGUAAGUCAACACGAAUUCCCAGCGUCGUAAAAAUGCUUGGGAAUUACUUUGGCGGGCAGCCAAAGCCCCACUUUUAUCAAGAAGAAGCCGUUGUGCACGGUGCGCCGCUGUUUGCUGGUUAUCGUCAACAGAUUGAAGAGAUUCAUCCCUUAAGCGUCGCGUACUAUGACAGUGGAGACGGGUGUCACUGCGUUUACAGACAGUGCAAGAGACCGGCUCGCUUCAAUUUGCCAAGUCGCGAUUCUUCGUGGCGAGAUCCAAGAGAUGGUCAUUUGUGUCUUCAUUUAUUUGAGUUGGCAAAAGGUCAUGAAGGUUACAUAGCAGCUGGUAAAAUAGUGCUGCAGGCAGAGCAGGAGGGCGGCGUUCUCCCCAAGCUCAGGAUGGACCGAUGCGGGAUCCUCAGCCUUGACCAGGGACAGGCGUCAGCGGAUGCUGUGCUUGAUAAACCAUGGCAACCAUGCCCGGAGGUGGUCGACUGGUGGAAGCAGGUCGCCGAGAAACUCACCGUGUACGAGCCGAGGACACAAUGGAAGAAGUACAUCGAGGAAGUGGAGAAGAGGGAGGCUUCAUGCCCGCGCUGGCUGUGGAGUGUUAUAUCGGAAUGGAAGCGUGACACGGAGCCAUGGCCUAAGAAGGGGGCGGCAACGGGUCGGGUAAGGAUCAAAGAUUUUCCCGCGUGGUUUGACGACUUCCGCAGGGCAUGCGAAUAUGCCUUCGGAGAGUUAUGGGCGAGGUCGUUAUCGGGAAGGAGAAUCUCCGGGCGAACAGGAACCCAGAUAUGUGUGACGUGGUCGUGGCCAUGCUGCUCAAGCAUCUUCGAAAGACAAAGGAACGUAUCGAUAAAAUUCAAGGAAUCGGUAGCGGCUCAGUGCUUUUCGUUCAAUUCUACUCCGGACACGGUAAAGGCGAGCGGAAUCCCUUACGUGGUUCUCUCGACAAGUCCCCUGCGGCCUUCUGACGAUGGCGAUCGUCUUUGCCGGGCAUGGAACAAGCUGGUGGGUGAGCAGGUGUUCCUAGCUGUGCAAGCUGGUCUUCAGGUCGUGUUGCGCCUCGGACGGGACGAUUUUCGAGACGAGCAGAAGAGUAAUCUGCCUUACAAAACUCAAGACGAGAAUGAUCACUGUGAAGCGCAGCUCAGGGACACUGUAGAUUCGAUUGCGCCAGGGAACUGGCGCAAUGUAAUCAUCGCAUAUCUGGCUCCACCGCAUUUGUGUUGGGCACAGCUCCUGCCUGGAAAUGAAGCCGCUAUCCCGGAGGAGCGGAAUGGCACUCUUCCACAGAAGAAUCAGGUAGUCGCUACUGUUGGGCACAUAAGAAAAGUGAUCGGGAAUUUGGUGAGCGACGAGGCUGCGAAGACGGUGCGCAUCCUAAUCGGCGGAUGCGCCGCCCUGGAGAUGUGGAAUGCCAUCAUAAAGCACGAUGAGGUUGAUGGCCUCCUUUUUGAAGGUGGGUUCCGAGACCCUCGCCUCGUCGAGAAACUCUGUCAGCCGACUCAGCCCAGUAGAGAGAGGAAGGGCAAAGCCCUACUUUGCCGCGCUGCAGACGGAGAUGCCACUCUGGAUGAGAGUGACAUGCGGUGGCUGCACAACAUCAGCCGGGACCUGAUGGCUGGAGAAGAGGUGGACUGGAUAACCGUGAAGAAUGUAAGGGGUGAAAAUUCAGGAGUGUGUCAAGAGGAAGGGAGUGGCUCCGUUGCUAUGGUUUGGAAGGAGGGUGCUGUAGUCAGAUAUGAUGACCAAAAGGGAAAGGGAAGCUUCCCUCGUAAGGUGAAGAUCUGUCCUAAAAUUGUUGACAGUCAGCGCGGAGCGGAGCUAGCAGAGGCCAUAGAGAAGCAACUUUCAAGGUGGAGGGAGAAGCUUACUCAUCUAGAAACGGAGGAGAUUGUUGUUGAGUACACGCCUGUGCCAAGUGUGGACAAAGUAGACGAUCUUGCUGUGGCCAUGGAGACAGCUCACGCCUUCAUCAGAAGGUGGAUUAUGUCGAACAUCAGCCCCUACGUGGCGCAAGCGGUGCGCAUAGUUUGCUCCCUGGACGGGCUGGCGCCAGAAACGCACAGAGAAAUCACCAGGCAACCCAACGUAGACGGCCUAAGCCUGCGACUCGACAAGGUGGGAAAUGCGGCACACAGCGCGGGGAAUGCAUCCUCCAAAGAGUCCCAGCCUGCCGAGAAGCUCACCGUGAGGAGUGCGAGGUACCAAUGGAACACGUACGUCGACCAAGUAGAGAAGCGAGAGUCUUCAUGCCCGCGCUGGCUCUGGACUAUUAUAUCUGAAUGGAAGUGUGACAUUGAGGGAUGGCUUGACAAAGAGGGGGAAGGUGGUUUCGUAGGGAUCAAGGAAUUCACCUUCCGAUUUGCCGAAUUCCAAAGGGCGUGCGAAUAUGCAUUCGGAGCGUUCCGGCCCCGACCAAUGUCAGGAAGGAAGUUCUUGGUGGUGGAUUGCUGGAAAUCCAAUGAUGUUGAAGACUGCCUGCAGAGUCUCCAGGCGAGCAGGCUCCCAGAUCUCUGCGAGGUGGUCAUCUCCAUGACGCUCAAGGACCUUCGGACGACCAAGGAACGAAUAGCAAAAGUGGAGGGGGUCCAACUAGCGGCACCCUGCAUUUCGCUCAAAGCGACCCCCAAAGCCUUGACGAAGGGUGGAAUUCCUUACGUCCUUCUCGACGCAGGGCCGGGCAUAACGGGCUCUGGUGAUCCAGAGGAUCUCUGCUCGGGGUGGAACAAGCUUGUUGGUGAGCACGUGUCCUUAGCCCUGCAAGCUGGUCUUCAGGUUAUCUUGCGCAUUGGACGAAUUGAUGGCGAGGAUGUGGAAGACGCCGAUGAGGCCUUUGAACUGGAGGAGGAGAAGCGCCAUUGCGAGGCGCAACUUAGGGACAUUGUCAGUCGCCUCGGCAAGGACUUUCGAAACAUAGCCAUGGCUUAUCUGCCUCCACCUCAUAUGCUGACUUCGGUAAACGAAGCAGCUGCAGCAGAGGCAGCCAGCUCAACCCGGUGUGACGUUGUUGAGGCUGUUCGGCACAUCAGACGUGUCAUCGGGGACUUGGUGAACACCGAGGUCACCAAAGCAACGCGCAUCCUUAUCGGCCGAUGCAAGACGGAGGACAUGUGGCAUGCCCUGCUAAAAGAGCGGCAUGAGAUUGAUGGCUUUCUUUUUGAGGCGGGCCUUCGAGACCCUCUCCUUUUCGAUAAGCUCCUGCUCCUAGGGGGACCAAGCGGAAAAAUUGGGCCAAAGAAGAGGGGCAAGGUGUUGCUCUGUGACGGGCAGAAGGAAAAUGUGACCCUGAGUGAGUGUGACAUGGUCUCGUUGAGCUGCAAUCAGACUCGUUCUCAAACACACUCUUCAUGCAUGUAAACAGCAACGCAUCAUACCGGCGACAUGCGCCCAAAGAAAA